UGUGUGUGUGUCUGUGUGCGUGUCUGUGUGUGUGUGUCUGAUUGCGUGUCUGUGUGUGUGUAGAAUGUGUUUAAACUUCCUGUCACAACUUCCACAUCAUAACGACAGAGUGUGAGACACAAUGAGAGACGGACAAGUGAACAGUUUACUUUUCCUCUGCUUUAUUUUCAUCAAAGCUUGUCUCGCUGAUGGUGAUCUCAUGUCUGAGAAUGUGCGAGCUCGUCUCGGUCAGUCUGCGUCUCUUUCCUGUAGAGUUACAGGUGAAGUCCAUGUGGUUCUCUCUGAAUGGACUCGCUGUAAAGACAUGUCCUCCAUCGCUUUGUUUUAUCCUGAAAAAUCAGCUGAACACAGCUCACAUGUUAAUGAGUCCUACACUGGCCACGUCUCAAUCACAGAGUACCACACACUCACAAUUCAGCAGGUACGGGACAGAGAUUUUGGAGAAUACUGCUGUAAAGUGGCCACGUUCCCUAAGGGAAGUCUGGUUGGAAAAGUCCACCUUCUGCAAGAGGGAAAGGAAGUGGACCAACCCAUACGUCCUCCUGAAGGUCUGUCAGUGAUGACGAUCGUGUACAUCACCUGUGGUGUUGUUGGCUUUGUUAUUUUGACUGGGAUCAUCACCGUGCUGCUCUGUAGUAAGAGGAGAAGAAAAAUACGAAACCCAGUGCAUGUGAUAGUGACGGCUUCCCUCUCACCAAAACAACCAUCGCUGCUACAGAAAGACCCACACACUCUGUCACACACUCCGUCACACACUCCGUCACACACCCCAUCACACACACAAAGACGUGAUGAUGAGGGUGAUGAUGAUAUGUAUCUAAAUGUUUUCAACUUAACGCCCUAGAAGAGUGUUUCGUACUUUAAACUGACAUUAGCUUUGGAUCAAGUUUAGUGUAAAUAAUUUAGAUGUGUUUGUGUAAAUGUUGUGUCUUCAUUAUUAAAAAGUGAUUUACUGUUUAA